AUGUCUUUUUCUUGUUUCUUUUUGACAAUAGCUCUUUUUCUUUCUGUCCUCCUCUAUUUUUCUCACUCAUGGCUUCUUUCUUUCUUUCUUUUUACUUCCUUUCUUUCUUUUGAAUUAAUAUCUCCUCAUCCUCCAUUACUUUUUGGCUUCUUUUUCCCAGUAAUCCUUUUCUUUCUAUCAUCCUCUCUUUUUUUCAUUGCUUCUCUUUUGCUAUUCUUUCUUUCCUUCAUUUUUUCACUCUUUUUCUUUCUGUCCUCCUCUAUUUUUCUAACUCAUGGCUUCUUUCUUUCUUUCUUUCUUUUUACUUCCUUUCUUUCUUUUGAAUUACCAUCUCCUCAUCCUCUGUUACUUUUUUGUUUCUUUUUCCCAGUAAUCCUUUUCUUUCUAUCAUCUUCUCUUUUUUUUCUCUUUCAUUGUUUCUCUUUUGUUAUUAUUUCUUUCUUUCUUCCUUCCUUUCUUUCUUCCUUUCUUUUUCUUUUCUUUCUUUCUUUCUUUAUUUCAAAUACCAUCUCCUCAUCCUCUAUUACUUUUUCUUGUUUCUUUUUGUCAGUAGUCUUUUUCCUUCUCUCAUCCUCUAUUUCUACUCUUUCAUUGCUUCUCUAUCGCUAUUGUUUCUUUCUUUCUUCUUCUUUUCCCCCUGAUUCUCCGUCUCUUUCUCAUUCACGCUUUUCUGAUUCCGGAUAUAUGGGAUCCUACUGUACUUCUCUUUUCUAUACUACUUUUAAUCUUCUUUCCUUACCCUCCUAUCUUACUACUAUGCCUCCUCCUCCUUCCUGUUCUUCCUCCUACUUCGCAUUUCUAUUCUUUUUCUAG